CAAUCUCGUAGCCGCCACAGGCUGCAGUUAUGAAGUGUAAAACAGCAGCCAUGGCAUUGCAGACUCGAACAUGCGGGCUUGGGCCAAUGACAGAAUGCGGUCUGAUUGGACAUGAAUCUGACCAAAUAAUCGUAAACAUCAACGCGUCCUGCAGACAUCGGCAGUAGUGACACGAUGCACACACGACGAGUCGACCACUGUACUACAUACCUUAUCGCUUUCUUCUUUGAUACGAUAUUAACGUUUUAUCCUUCUCACUAAACUCACACCAUGGACGCCUCGUCUACACCUACUACUGCAGACUUCUCAUCAACACCGCCGAAGCGAACCAAGAUUGUAUUAUUGGGUGACCAGAGUGUCGGGAAGACCAGUCUAAUCACUCGAUUCAUGUACGAUACGUUUGACAAUACCUACCAAGCAACGAUCGGUAUUGAUUUCCUGAGCAAGACCAUGUAUCUUGAGGACAGGACUGUGAGACUACAACUUUGGGAUACAGCAGGGCAGGAACGUUUCCGCUCACUAAUUCCUUCUUACAUCCGAGACUCUUCAGUCGCAAUCGUUGUCUUCGAUAUCACUAACCGCCAGUCCUUCCUCUCCACAACCAAGUGGAUAGAGGACGUACGAUCAGAACGAGGGAACGAUGUUAUAAUCGUGCUGGUGGGCAACAAGGCUGACCUCUCCGAUAAACGGCAAGUCACCCUUGAAGAAGCGACCACAAAGUCAACGGAGAUGAACAUAAUGUUCAUGGAGACGUCUGCUAAGGCCGGACAUAAUGUGAAGAGCUUGUUCAAGAAGAUUGCUUUGUCCCUGCCCGGCAUGGAGAAGGAAGGUCAAGCAGAUGCACAGAACACCAAAAUUGAUGUCACGUCUACGCAACCUGCACCUGUGCCGGAGGCCUCGCAAUGUAACUGCUGAUGCGCGUGGUGGCCUUCAUUGGUGUAUAUAUUGCUUUAGUUUUACUACGAUAUACCUUAGUGUUUGAUGCAUCUUGUCUGUAUUCAUCCCGUAAAGCCC